AUGUCUUCAUAUAGUUCUGACGGAUAUUCUGUCCUGUCGACACAUCCUCAACAGAAUCAAGGUAGCUAUUCUCGCCUCUUCCACGUGAACAAGUCCAGCUUCCAGAGGCACUACGAGAUUGCAUCAGCGAAUAAUCAAACACUGCUGUAUGGCGAUGUUUCGGUGUAUACCCCCCAUAAACCCGACCUCACUCUCCAUGCCGGAACCAACACGCACGCACCGAUUGUCGCCGUCAGCAGAUUCGGCAAAUUGACCAGCACUCUGAAGAUCGGCCUCGGCGAUCCGAACAAUGUGCAGGGAGUGGAGUGGGAGGAUCUGAAGAGACAAAACCUUCGGGCGACCGAAUACGGCUGGCAAAUGACCCUGCGAUACAGCGAUGGAUCGCGUGAACGGCGGGCUUUCACCUGGAAGAGAACCCACCACGCUGCUGUAGACGGAAUGACGGCCUCCUCGCUCAGCCCGCGGAACUACAAGUUGGUUGAUCCCCUGACGGGGCAGCUACUGGCCGUGUUCACAAGUGAUCGAAGCCUUCAUAAAUGCGGGGAUUUGCAGAUCAACGUGAACUACGGGCCUGAUUUUGAUACCAUGGUCUUCAUCACCUAUUUGAGCAUCCAUGAGAAGGUACGGCGGCGCAAUGAAUCUGCUGCUGCUGCUGCGUCGUAA